UCCGCUUCCCCGGCGGCCGCCAGGGAAGGAAGGAGGCGGCGGCGUUCUAGUUGCUCUUCUCGGAGCCUGCGUCACAUCACGCGUCCCGCCCUUCUACUUCUUCUCCUUCUCCGCGAGGGCCCGGCCGCCGCUCCGCACCCCCGCCCUGGGGAUGCGCUGCUCGGCGGCCACUCGUAGGAGCUGCGCGGCGUGCGGGGAAUGGGAUGGAGGUGGAGGAGGUAUUCCCGGUGGUGGGGCAGAUGGGCCCUUACCAGGUGUAUCUGUGCGUCCUGCUGGCCGUGCUCCUCCAGCUCUAUGUAGCCACUGAAGCCAUCCUCAUCGCAUUGGUGGGUGCAACACCUCCCUACCACUGGGAUCUCCAAGGGCUCUCAGCUAAUCAGAGCCAUGGCAACUAUUCAGUGAGCGAGCAGAAAGCUUUUGGAGAGUGGCUUCUAACUGCCAAUGGCAGCGAGGUGCAUAAACACAUACACUUCAGCAGCAGCUUUACAUCCAUAGUCUCUGAGUGGUUUUUAAUUGGCAAUGCAUCAUACAAAGUCAGUGCUGCCAGUUCUUUCUACUUCAGUGGUGUGUUUGUUGGAGCCAUCUCCUUUGGCCAGCUGUCUGAUCGCUUCGGGAGGAAGAAAGUCUAUCUCACAGGUUUUGCACUUGACAUCUUGUUUGCCGUUGCAAACGGAUUCUCACCCUCGUAUGAAUUCUUCGUCAUUUGCCGAUUCUUGGUAGGGAUGAUGAAUGGUGGGAUGUCACUGGUAGCCUUUGUUCUACUGAAUGAGUGUGUGGGUACAGCCUACUGGGCAUUAGCAGGUUCUAUUGGUGGCUUGUUCUUUGCUGUGGGAAUUGCCCAGUUCGCUUUAUUAGGGUAUUUCAUUCGUUCCUGGAGGACUCUGGCUGUUGUGGUUAAUCUGGAAGGAGCCGUCAUCUUUUUCCUCUCUCUAUUCAUUCCUGAGUCCCCCCGCUGGCUCUAUUCCCAGGGCCGUCUGAAUGAGGCAGAAGAUGCCCUCCACCUCAUUGCAAAGAGGAACUGCAAGCAGAAAUGCACUUUUUCAUUAAAACUCCCAGCAAAAAGUUGCUCCAGAGAGGCUGGCAGCUUUCUGGACCUCUUCCGAUACAGGAUUCUUCUGGGACGCACCUUGAUCAUGAUGUUCACCUGGUUUGUGUGCAGCUUAGUUUACUACGGUCUUACCCUUAAUGUGGGUGAUUUAGGCGGAAGUAUUUAUGCCAAUUUAGCCCUGUCAGGCUUGAUAGAAAUCCCAGCGUACCCAAUCUGUAUUUACUUGAUUAACCAAAAGUGGUUUGGUCGGAAGCGAACUUUGAGUGCAUUUCUGUUCUUGGGAGGAUUGGCUUCUCUUAUUGUCAUGUUUCUGCCUAAGAAGAGAGAUACUGGAGUGUUUGCAGUGGUGAAUAGUCACUCUCUCUCUUUGCUGGGAAAACUGGCAAUCAGUGCUGCUUUUAACAUUGUCUACAUCUACACAUCAGAACUUUAUCCCACAGUCAUAAGGAAUGUUGGAAUGGGUGCCUGCUCCAUGUUUUCUCGUGUUGGUGGAAUCAUUGCACCUUUUGUCCCUUCAUUGAAAUCUGUACAGUGGUCUCUGCCUUACAUUGUGUUUGGAGGAACUGGUCUGUUGUCUGGGCUCUUAAGCUUAUUGUUGCCAGAGACUUUAAACAGCCCUUUGCUAGAAACUAUUUCAGACCUGCAGGUGUGCUCCUACUGGAGGCUGGGUGAUGAAGCUAUGUCACUACAAGCGCUAGAUGGUUCACAGUCUGGAGACGAAGACAGCUCUACAGGGAGUGGAAGUGAAUAUGAGGAGUUCUGUGAUGCUGAUGAAGAGACUCAUAUGAUCAAGUAAUGAAAAGAAGAAACACUGACCUAUUUUAUGCCUCUUCUUGCCCAGUCAGUCCAGCAGUAUGACAAGUACUGGGGACCUUGCUUUCCAGGCAAUGUAAUUGGGCAAGUGCUUGUGUUUUUUCUUACUAGGAGAGGGAUUUAAGUACUGUUCAGACUAAUGACAUCACUGAUGCUCUCCAUAUGAGGCAGGCAUUUCAAUUCUUGUGGUUCAGAAUGACAGUGCGUGGACUGUAUUUGAAGCCAGGUGAGACAGCAAGAGCGGGAUGAUGUAUUUCAGAAGCCCAGGAAAUAAUCUAGGCUUAGACAGAUUUGGACAGAUCAUUAGUGCACAUGUAUUUCCUUUUCUUCUUAGUAUUUCUUUUCAAGGUGGUGGAUUUUGUUUCAGUACAGAUUGGUAAACCUGGAAGCAACCACUGAUAUUUUUCCGAAAGGGUAAAAGUGGUCAGAGACUGUGUUGUGUGUUACUUCAAUGGGAACAAAUUGCUGAACUUGUAUGUUAAAAUGGCUUUUGCAUAUUUGGUAGAGAAGAGACAGCUGUGAACAAAAGGUUUUUCUGUGUGGGCACCUGUGCAGAGUUACAGGUGCAGCUGAUUAGUCAUGAGCUAGGCUUAAACUUAGUGAUAAUGGAAGGCUGGGAGGACGGACUACACAAAAGAGCAGCCACAAAGCCUGUGAGCGUAAGGAACAUUACUGACUUUUUUCCUUCUUUUCAUACACAAAGCUUUUUCUUGGUCUGUCUUGAGCAUAUGUUUGCUACAUUUUCCCCACAUCUCAGCAUGUCUGUUCAUAGCUUUGCCUACUUUUGCCUUGUCCUCACUUUACCAUAAGUAUUGAAGCUCAGCAACUUCUCUGUGGAGUGAAAUAAUUCUGUGAUGGAUAUAAUUUCCUGGGUGUGACAAAGGUAAGGUAUUUAUCAUGUACCGUGUGUGUGGUGUAUUAGAAUGUAUAGCUCACUUUUCUGGACCUAUCUGGGUCUUUAUUUCUGGAAAGGCUUAACUCUGAGUGGUAAGAGGAACUGUGGGGUGCUGUUAUAUUUUGGGUGUUGUCAGGAAGCUGCUAGUGUUUAUUUUAAAAUCUUGUAUGUAGCUAUGAUUUUCCUUUAAAAAGAAAGCAAAUCUCUUUUGAAUCUUUUUGGUUACUUGAUAUUUUUAACCAGUGCUUGCUCAAGCACUUGGUUACUUGACCUUGUUAAGGAAAACAACUUCACUUUCCUGUUUUCACUGAGCUUUCUAUAAGUGCUGCAUUAGAGGGAUAUGUAAUCCUGAAAUAUGAAACAUGAACAUGUGAAAUGUUCAAACUACAAAAAUGAGGCCUUACAAAGAUUCACUUUUCUUGAUUGCAUUGUCAUCUUCAUCCUCUAACCUGUGGCUUUCUCUUUGUUAAGAUUGGUUUCCAUGAAAUGUUGAUCUUUCCUACUUUGAGUUCCUAGCAAAGUGCCACACAGUGGCAGCAAAUAUAUUUUCAGGCUGAUGAACCAUUUUCUGCUGAUCCAGGAAUUAAAAAAGGUGGGUCUAAAAAUAUUAAAAAGCUGUCUGCUGGAUAUUUCAUGGUUAAACUGAGUUCUUUUACUCUGCAAGGAAGUGAAAGUAAACAGCAUCUGGAGUUUGCAUCUAGCUGCUUGAACUUCAUUCACUGGGAGGUGUAAUGCUGAGCAAGGUGCAGCUGCCCUGGUUGGUGCAGAGGACAGCCCAGAGUCUGCAGUUUCACACAUGCAACAAUCCAUUUGGAUCUGAACUUGAUCCAGGUGUUGACUGUGAGACAAGUUGGGAACUUCAGUCCGCAUGGACUGUCUGUAAUAUUGUUAUGUUUUUUGCCUGCAUUAUGAGUGUCACUGGAAGAAUUCUCAAUCAUGGUCUUUGUUCCCCACCCCCAACUGAUGAGUAGUUGUUUGUAGGUGUGGCACUUUUUAACACAAGUGGGUAGUCUUUCUGCCUUAUUUGGCCCUUUUGUGUAUAAGAAAAUUUCACCAAAUAGGGUACUCAGAAAUAGUUGGAAAAGUUGAAUCUAUUCAAAUAUUUUUAAAUUUUUUACUCACACUUUAAUUUAUGGACAGCUGUUAAAAUGACUUUUUAUUGCUGAUGGCAAACAACAGUAAGCCUGACAGUAUUAACAUGUUGCCAAGAGCUAACAGUUGUUUUUAGGUGUUUGUUGCCUGUGUCCUUCUUUGGGUGUUGGGUGGAAUGUGUCAGGAACUGUCAUUAUCUUCUCCUGGCAGCCCUGUGUAAUGCCACAAGACCCUCAAUAGAAUUUUCAUUAACAGUAGAAUGCUGCAAUUGUUCAAGUGGAGAAGAUUACUCUUUACAGGACCUGAGCUAGAUUUUGUUGGUCUUCAAUUAAAAUUUAUCUCUUCACUCAUGCACUUUUAUAUCAUUGGUAUGCAUAUGUAAAAUUGCAAAAACAAGAGUGAAGACAUAAUGAGUGAUUUUUUGGCAUAGGAAUUGCUGCUCUUCUUUUAACUUUAAAUCUGUCCAGUGUUUUCACCUUUGGAAUUUUGAAGGGAAUAUUUAAAAGAGAAUUUUAAAUCUUCCAUUGUUACUUUCCCAUAUCAGUUAAUUAAGAAAGUUUAGAGCAGAGAAUCCCUGCAGGAGGAGCUCAGCAACAUAAGCAUGAGACUUUGCUCUCCAGUUUUGUGUUCUGAAGUUCAAAUCCAUUAGAUUAAUAAAGUUUCUUUUUUGUUCAUUUGUACUAUAAGCUGGCCUUCUGGUACUGAAACCUGUAGGAUCAAUUUUCUUCUUACCCGUGAUAUGUAAUGCUCUACAAUAUUGAGAUUAGUUGUGUCUGAGUGUCUGGGUAGUAAGUUUGUCAUGAGGAACUAUUGGAAAGCAGAGGAUGAUGCAGCAUUGGAUAGUCAGUUUAGUGCAUGUUGUAGUGCUAGGAGUCUGAGACCAAGGUUCUUGCUGUAGUUUAGUGCAGUAUAAUAAUCUUCUGCCAUGUUUUUGCUAGAGUAGCCAGUAGUGUUAGCUAUUUUCAUGUUGUGCAGGCACUAAGAUACCACUUUUCCCAAGACAGAAUUUCUUCUCUGAAUUCCUUUGGCUGUGGUUUUUUGGUUUUGUUUUGAUUUGGUUUUUUUUUCCAGGUAGCUCGCUUAGUGGGGUUAUGCCAGAGAGAAGAGAGCCUUUCCCAUGGUGCUGAUUAGUCAGGUCUCAGCAGAAUCCCAAACAUACCUCACAUACCUGGGGAGCUCACAAGUGAUAAGUGAAUACAGCUAAGAGUGACAAGUCAUGUGAGGCAGCACGGAGGAGAAUGAGCUGGAAGAAGUUAAAAAAAAAGAUUCAACUGAAACACUUUAGGGCUAGGGUAAAUAAAGCACAAAAUAACAGCUGUUGGGUAGAAAUGCCCUUCUUGCUCCUUGUCUUGUCUUGACUUGAAGCUUUUGCUUUCAGAGCUAGUAUUGGUUCCAGGAUGACAUAUUGGGGAUAUCAGUUUCAUAAUUUCCUUUUUAAUGUCUACUGUGUCCAGCACUGCCUCUUCAGUGAUGAAACAUUUAUUUGGAUCAAAAUAAAAUGUGGCCUGCCUCUUUUCUUUUGGUCUCAGCUUCUUUAUGAAAUGGCAUUGCACCAAUAUAAUUAAAAUUGCAAAGCCCUGUUUUGGAGAUUGUUGUAUAACUGGUCAUUGUGGCUUAAUUUGCCAGCUUUCCUUUAGGAUAGGAAGGUUAGAAUUAUUUGUUGUGUUUGUCAUACAAACUCUUGUGAAAUUAUGCUUCAGCCUUCUAAAAGGAUUUUACUACCUGGCUUCUUUUGGUAGGCUGAAGAGAAUACAAUACAAAAGUGAUUAGACAAGUUCAUUUUUUUAAAUUUCUCCUGAAAACAAAGCUAGUGCUCUCUGUUUAGGAAUUGGGAAAGUGUUGUUCAGAGACCCCUGACAUACCAGAAAUUUAGAAGCUAUGUUUUAAUGGAAAGCCAGAGAUGACUCUGUAUUCAGGUCAGGAUACUGAGUGAAGAACCUCUCCAGAGAUACCUAACUAACAUGGAGCAGGUUGUAGCUUGUUUCUGGCAUUGUUAUAGUCAAGGCUUUAAGGAUAGGAGCCACAUGCUCAUCAGCUCCAUGCCAAUGUUUCCAAACUGUGUGGAUCUUCUGAGGUAAGUAGGAUAUCAUUUACGAAACCAUGGGGGAUGCAGUUGAGCCAUACAUUUUACACUGUAUUUCAGCUAAGCAUAUAAAAGCAGUUUGCAAGAGAAUGUUUUUCUUGCACUGAGGAAAAGGGAAAAGUGAGGAAUUUUUUCAUGGAGUGUGUUAAAGGAUCAUUUGAGCUAAAACUCUUGUUCCUAUGUCUUCUCAAUGCAGAUAAUAAUCACUGAAUAGAGAUUGGGUUAGUAGUAUUUUGUUUUAGCUGAAGGUUGAUGUGCUGUUUAUCGCUUUUCCCACCCUAUGAGAGCCUCUCUGGUCAUGCUCUUUGACACAGCUGAAUCUGUGACAGCAAACUGUGAGCUGUGCAGUAAAGAUGUCAGAAAAGCCUAAGAGCGGUGCUGUCAUUUGAUGGUGAAAGUUAGUCUAGCCUGACACAAUGCUUGUAUCAGAAAUAUCUAUAUUCAGCUGUUUACCAAACCGGAGACUUAGGGUAUAGCUAUAUUUUGAGUCUCAUUCAUUGUAUCUUACUGCAAGAUGUGUGGUAGAAAGACACCUACCUAAGAAAACCUCUUUUGGCAGAUCUAAAUGUAGAAUUGGAAGAUGAAUAAAUUUAUACAUGAUUUUUC